AUGAAUGACUUUCCUUGCCUUUAUGCAAAUGUUGAUGCUGAAUUUCCACUUGAUGUUGUGGAUAUUCGCAACGUUCCCAAGAUUCGUCAAGUAUUUGUUGUUUUUGUGGUUGACCUGGAAUGGUAUGUAGGCUUUCGGUCUUUGCCAGAAUAUGGUGGUGAACAUGCAGCGGUGUCUCUAAUACCAACAGUAUAUCAUAAAUGAAGUGAAACGGUAAAAAUACCAGGUGUUCUGGAAGUUUAUAUUUGACACCUGACGAAAUCUAAUCGAGAGACGACAACAAGUUGUGGUUGAAGUUUCACAUUUAGAAUUUUGAGCAGGGGAAUGGAAUACGACAUUUUGGCAUGUUUCAAAUGGUGGGAAAUGUUUAGUUCCAGUUUUAGCAGAUUGCACCCGGAAAGCCUUCAACAGCUGAUGAGGAACAGAGUUACACCUUACGGGUGCAUAGUUGCACGGCUAUUUCCUGUGUCUACAGGUGAAAUGCCUUAGUGCAAAAUUUGAGAUCUGGGGUGCUCAUGAAAUAAGUUGCUGGACAAAGCACUUGUCAUCUGGCUAACCCUUCAACAGCUAUGGGGCAGGUAGAAAUUCAACAGGUAGGGGCAUUUCCCAUUAGUGCAUCACCUUCUUGGGAAUCAUCGGUUUAAAUUUCUGCUUGUUAUACUGCUGUUAAAAACACAGGAGCUUUGCAUGAAAGAAAAAAAGGGCAACUUUAUUAGGGAUACUGUACAGUGGUACCUUGGGUUACAUACGCUUCAGGUUACAUACAGUUCAGGUUAUAGACUCUGCUAACCCAGAAAUAGUGCUUCAGGUUAAGAACUUUGCUUCAGGAUGAGAACAGAAAUCGUGCUCCGGCGGCGUGGCAGCAGCAGGAGGCCCCAUUAGCUAAAGUGGUGCUUCAGGUUAAGAACAGUUUCAGGUUAAGAACGGACCUCCAGAAUGAAUUAAGUACUUAACCCGAGGUACCACUGUACAUCGUGCAUGAUUUGGAGUGGAAAGAUGAGCUAUCUGAGGAAAGAACUGGAAAAACUGCUGGUUCAAAAAGGGAAAGAUCCAUCAAUAUAAGAUUUUGCAUUUACUUUGAUUUUAUUCUUGCAGAAUCAAUCAUCCUGAGCUCCUUUGUCCCGAUGGCCCUGGGAGAAACAGAGAGGGUGAUUUCUGCCACGGACCAGAGUGGGAUCUUCACCACAGAGGAAACAUCACAAAGCUCCCAGUUUUGUCAGUGAUCACUGAGACCACAACCACCACCCUUGUUUCCUUACCACUUAAUUAUUGGGUGGGGGGUUAGAUCCUCAGGACAAAGGGAUGGGACCAGACUCUCUUUCCCCAGUGCCAUUGCUUCAGCCAAAGUUUGAGUCCGACACAGCUUCUUUGAAGUGUGAAAAUAAAAACAGCCGGGGGAUCCCAUUGUGGAUCCUUCACAUCGCAUGGAGUUUGGCCCCUCAUAACUAAGCCUCAAGCCUGUUUCUGGAAUGUUCUGGAAUGUGACUAGAACGUUCCAGAACGUUGAGAGAACAUGAUGUUGGGAACGAGGUUUUGAGUUCUGUGGUGGGGAAAAGGACAUAAAUGUUCUGUGGAGGGAGAAAAGUGGAUUAUAAAUAAAGACACCCCCCCCAAAAGCGCUGAAGCAGACCUUAUUUUAGGGAUUGCACCUUUCAUCCUGACCUCACUGUUGAUUUCUGUUCCUUUUUUUUAAUUAAAAAAAAAUGUAGACCGGGCAAAAUCUGCCACAAUAAGUCCCUCUGGAAACAUCAGCCAGCUGUUGGGUUCCAGUCUGACUCUCAUCUGUCGUGCUGCGGAUUCGAAUCCUGAUAUACAGUAUAGAUGGUAUUUCAACAACACCGAUGCAAACGUGACAAGCAGCAAUCUGACCAUUGAAUCAAUCUCCUGGAAAAAUGAGGGGACCUAUGUCUGCUGUAUAUCCUACCCUCAAACAAAUGUCACAGCCUAUGCAACUGUAUCUCUGAGGAUAAAAACAGACAAUGGUGAUUUUCUUGGCUAUUCUGUCUGCCGGAGAGUUGCAGGGAGCUCAUUCCAAGUUCAGUCUAAACAUGUUUUCUCAGAAGUAAAUCCCACUAGGUUGUGUCCAAUUAGGUUUCCCUCAGAGUAGUCCCACUGAAGUAGGGCACAAAAGUUGCCGAGCUUUUUAAAUCCCCAAGGAAAUUUGAAGUUUUUGAGCUAUUUCUAAGGAAAUUUGCCCCAAAGUCAACACUUCUGGCGUGGGGGGUUGCCAUACACCCGGGCGCUCCCAGACAUUUUUUUUACAGACUUUCGGAAAUUCAGCAAUUUCCGACGGAUGAAUCCUGGAUAUUUCCGGAUGUAUGGCAGCCUGACACUGAAGUGACUGCGCCCAAUUUAGGGUUCCUCUUUGCCGUAUCCCCACAAGGAAAACCCACAGCUUAUGGCUGAAUUGGAAAAAACAGAAACUGGGUCUUUUUUGGCACAUAUUGUCAUUUGUUCUGAAUUAGCACUAAACAGAGAAAGUCAAAAGAAUUCUGGGAGUUGUAGAUUUUUAAGGGUGCUGAGACCCCCCCCCAAAAAAAAAUUUCCCUCCCAGAGCUACAAUUCCCAGAGCGGUUUAACAACCAAUCCUUCUUAAAUCCAACAGUUUUAAGGUAGAGCAAAUAUAGUAUUAAUAUAUAUUGUUAAUAUUUGGGCUUUCAUUCUCAAGAAAUGAACUAUUCUAAAAGCAUGUAAAUAAUUCCUGUAGGCCAAUAUGAUUUUGAUAGUGCACUAUGAAGCUAAAGAUUUAUUUUUACAAAUUUUAGGGUUUCAGGUGUUAUAUAUUAAGCCUUUACAGAGCUGAUUGUACAAGAAUGUAAAAGCUGCUGUUUUAAAUUCAUCUAGAUUCUUGGACCAACUUUAAGUAUUAAAUCAAUUGCAUGAUUGUGAUAUUAAGCUAGGCAGUUUGGCUGUUAGUGUACUUUUGUACUUGUAAUUCUAAGAAAAGGAAAUUCAAUGCAUAAUAGUACAUUUGAAUUUAUUUGAUGGUGAACAAGUCACCUCUCAAAGCAAUGAAAGGUGUAAUUUUGAUAUUUUAAAAUUAUACAUCUUUGCAUUAGUAAUUUCAUACUGUCUCUUACACAAGGUUUAAAAUAAAUUUUUGUGGGACGGGGUGUGGGGAGGAAGGAGAAGGGGAUUCUGAGCUGUUCGACAGUGGAACAGUCUCCCUCAGGAGCUGGUGGACUCUCUUUCCUUGGGGUCUUCAAGCAGAGGUCGGGUGGCCAUUUGUCAUGGAUGCCUUAGCUGAGAUCCGGGCAUUGGAGGAUGGUUGGCCUAGAUGACCCUUCCAGCUCUACGAUUCUGCGAUUUAUUUUGUUUUUCUUCUGCUUUAAAAAAUAACUUUUUAGAAAAGAGAAGAAACUGCAACUCCCUCCAUCGCUGACCCUGCUUGCUGGGUCCAGCAACCUCUUGAGGGUUUCCUCACGCCAGACUGGCAGGGUGGUACUGCUGCAGCCGCAAAAAAGGGUGAAUGCAGCCCACAGGAUAUGAAAACAGCUUCCCCUUUGUGAUGACAAACGGUGUGUCCUGUGCUGGGUUGCGAUAUCCAUUUCUGACACAUGCGCUGGGAUUGGGCAAAGAAUGCACAAUGAGACAUCUUGCUUAGCCUCUCAAAGCUAGAACAUGAGAAAAGUCUGGCCAAAGACCUAGCUAGUCCGGCGUCCUGUUUUCACAACAGCCACACAGAAAAAUAAAAUAAUAAUAAUAAUGUGUGAGAGAACAAGAAGUAAAAUCAUAGGGGUAAAAAAAGAGGGGGGGGAAUGUUCACACCACUCUUGCUUUUCUGUUCCAGAAACUUCUUCCGCUCAACUGCAGCUGCCUCUGACGGUGUUUGUCGGCAUCGUGUUUGGGUUGGCGGCUGGGAUUACUUUGAUUGGUGCCUUGCUAUACUGUUUCUGUGAGUAAAGCCCUUGAACUGGGAAGACUCGGACUCCUGGGUUCUGUUCCCAAGGGAUGAGUGUUAGGAAUGUCAAAGAGACUCUCGGCUUGCUCUGUAUUUUAACACAAACCUACCUAAUCUGCAGUCCGUGAAACUAUCCUUCAAAGUUAGCUUAUCUUCCUUGAUACGAUACGAUACUCUUUAUUGUCAUUGUCCCAUACAGAACAACGAAAUUGAAAAAGUCUACAUCAGACAUUCAAAAACCAACAAGCCUGCUAUCCCAGCUAUCCCAGCCUGGUUAGCCCCCUAAAAACUCUGAUACCCCAUAAUUAAAUGCAAUAUAUUCCCAUAGAGACUACCUUACACUGCGUUUAAAACCAAAAUCGCAUUUGGAUAGAAACUGUUUCUCAGGCGGCUAGUCCUAGUUUUUAUAACCCUGUACCUUCUUCCAGAAGGCAGAUGCUGAAAGAGAUCAUUUCCGGGGUGUGCACGAUCCUGCGCUAUCUCUGCAGCUUUCUUAUGGCACCUGGAAGCAUAGAUUGGUGAAUCAACGAAAAAUCUUCAAGCCCUGGUCUUUGUGAAAUAUUAUUUAUUUAUUUAUAAAAAAUAGUUACACGUCACUAUUCUUCUUUGUGUCCCUCCUCCACGUGAUGUCCAGAGGGUGGCAACACGAGAACAGGGCUUUUCUGCAGUGGCUUCCCGCUUGUGGAGAGCUCUCCUCCGGGCGGCUCGCCUGACCCCAUCAUUGCAUUUCUUUAGACACCAGGGGAAAACGUUCCUCUUCAGCCAGGCCUUUGACUGAUUGACAUCCGAUGCCCUUUUAAAUCUAUUGUGGGAGGAGGGGUGGGUAAUUGGUUUUGUCCUGUUCUUAACUCUAUCAUGUGUUUUGUGUUUUUAUAUUCUGAUUUUAUGUUGUGAACUACCCCGGAUGAAGGGCGGUAUACAAAUUUAAAUAAUAAGAAUAAAAAAUAUUCAUUUAAAAACCAGAGUGGUUUACAGCAAUUGAACCUGAAACACUACAAUAAAAACCAUAUUAAAAAGUUUUAAAAUCUCUAUAAACAGGGUAACCCAGAAUACUGAGCCAAUGGCACAACAACGGUUUCUUGUUGUUGUCAAUCAGACCUUUGCCAAUUUGAGGAGAGAUCAGUGACACUCCUGUACAUUGUCUCAGUAGUCAAGCUAGGCUAUAAUUAUAAAAGGACCUUGAAUCUGGCCCACUAGACAGAAGAAGUCCUUUUCUCCAUUCUUACCUUAUCUCCAGGUGUCCGCAUUUGGAGGAAGAACCUGCAGCCGCCGCCACCACCACCGAUUUCGACAAUCCCAUCCUUACCUAAGGACUUCUCUCGAUCCAAAAUGCUUGGUAGCAGAACCAGAGAAGUGAGUGAUGUUUGAGACACAUUGCAGCUAGAACAACCAUUUUCACCUGGCACAGCAGAGGUUCAGCUAGUGCCUUCAAACCCAGGGCUGUGGGUUAAACCACAGAGCCUAGGACUUGCCGAUCAGAAGGUCGGCGAUUCGAAUCCCGCGGCGGGGUGAGCUCCCAUUGCUCGGUCCCUGCUCCUGCCAACCUAGCAGUUCGAAAGCAUGUCAAAGUGCAAGUAGAUAAAUAGGUACCGCUCCGGCAGGAAGGUAAACGGCGUUUCCGUGCGCUGCUCUGGUUCGCUAGAAGCGGCUUAGUCCUGCUGGCCACAUGACCCGGAAGCUGUACGCCGGCUCCCUUGGCCAAUAAAGCAAGAUGAGCGCCGCAACCCCAGAGUCGGUCACGACUGGACCUAAUGGUCAGGGGUCCCUUUACCUUUAAGCUACUGAAGGUUAUGGGGCCCUUUAUAUAGCAGGCUUACAUCAUAGGAGCCUACGCAACACAAAACAUUGUUGCUGUAUGUAGGUUUUAUUUUAUUUGUUUGGAAAUGUACAUCCAGUUCUUUUUUCCUUUAAAUUUUUUUGGGCACCCCAAGAGAGUGGGGCCCUAAGCUAUAGCUUGUUUAGCUUAUAUGUAAAUCCGGCACUCCUCAAACCCAGAGCUCAGCCACCCAUCCCUGCCCCAUGACUACCCAGGGAAUGGCAGCUGUUAGGGGCAGCGGCAGUCUUGGCACUGAGAGACAAGAGAGGUUUUUGUUACAUUUGAUUGUAGCACAAACCAACCUCGUUUGCACUCCCUGAAUUAAUACCUGAACCCUGAAUUAUUCUGUGCAUUUCUUCAAGCAAAAACACUGUGCACCAAAGGGCAUUUAUUAGUUAAAACAUACACGCUAUGUGUAUGAAGACUUAAUUCUGUGGGUUUUUUGGGGAGGAGGGGAAUGCAUUUAUAUGUUAAAGUAAACCACACACAAGGGACGCGGGUGGUGCUGUGGGUUAAACUACAGAGCCUAGGACUUGCCGAUUGGCAGUUUGAACCCCCGCGACAGGGUGAGCUCCCAUUGCUCGGUCCCUGCUCCUGCCAACCUAGCAGUUUGAAAGCACUUCAAAGUGCAAGUAGAUAAAUAGGUACCGCUCCGGCGGGAAGGUAAACGGCGUUUCCGUGCGCUGCUCUGGUUCGCCAGAAGCACUUCCAGCCCUCCACAGAAUUGCUUCUGCAACCUAGGAAACUUUCCUGUUUUCCUUUGUUUCAGACCAAGCUUGAGAACCCUGCUGAGCCCAGCACCAUCUACCAGGUAAGUGUACACUUCCAGACUUGGGAAGAAAGAGACUAAGGGAAAGAGAAUGAAAUAGAGCCUGCCGCUCUUUUUGGCAAGCCAGCCGUGAGUCCGUUCUGGACUGUCUAGUCUGCUAGACGUGACACGAGACAAAACCCACCACCACCCACUGCUGUCUGUGGCUUUUACGGGCACAAAGUUUGCGCAGCCGCCCUGCUGCCUAGGCAAAGAAUUACGACAGCGGUGGUUGUGUUGUUGUUGUUUUUAUGUUCCUUUGGCAAGGCUGACUCAUGCCACACUGUGACGCAGGGUUUGCUCAUUGCAUGACUCAGCGGAUGGCUCAGAGCCUAACUGGCCAUCGUUCUGCUUGUGGGGGAAGAAUCCUGCCCACGCUGACUGCCCCGUGCAGGAUCCUGCCUUGUUUUGAGUCAGCAUUACCCACUCAAGUCUCGCGGUCACCCACCCAAAUACCUGGUGCCUUGCGAAUGUUCUUGGACCACAGCCCUAAACUGGAGAUCUCCGGCGCAAUAUGAUCUCAGGCUGCUUUUGGAGACAGUUUGGAAACUGCAGAUGGUGCAGAAUUUGGCGGACAGAUUGGUGUUGGCCUUGCAGAGGUCAGCAGGAGGCUGGGGAAAAGGCUGGCUUGCUGAUGUUUUCUCAUGCUCUGAUGGGUAGGGCCCAAUAGCUUCAAUUUACAGUGGCACCUCGGGUUACAUACGCUUCAGGUUACAGACUCCGAUAACCCAGAAAUAGUGCUUCAGGAUAAGAACUUUGCUUCAGGAUGAGAACAGAAAUCGGGCUCCCGCAGUGCGGCAGCAGCAGGAGGCCCCAUUAGCUAAAGUGGUCUUCAGGUUAAGAACAGUUUCAGGUUAAGUACGGACCUCCAGAAUGAAUUAAGUACUUAACCCGAGGUACCACUGUACAAGGAACUACCAAAAGGAUUAAGGUUUUCAAUGACAUUUUUUAGGUUAUAUUUUAGUGAUCAAGAUUUAAUAUAUAUUUUUAACUGCCACUAUAUCUGAAUAGUCUCUGUUACACCCAAUCGCAAUUCAGUGUAUUCCUGUUGUGUUUUAUGGUUUUCCUGAUAUUGUAAGUGAGCUGGAACUGUGACCGUAAUAAUAAAAUUCAUUCAUUCAAUUUACAAGGAAGGGGAUUCUGAGUGAAAAAAGCUGUCUGACAGUAAGAGCUGUCCGACAGGAGGUUGUGAACUCCUUCACUGGAGUUUUUUAAGCUGAGGUUGGAUGGUCAAUCAACAGGGAAGCUCCAGCUGAGAUGAACCUCGGGGUCCCUUCCAACUGUACAAUUCUAUGAUUUCAUGAUUGUACUCCGACACGCAGCAGCUCACUCAGGCCCCGAUUCUAUGGCAGAAUGGUCGGCUAGGCCUACUGUCUUAAGAUCCCUUUAACAGGAGAGGGAUGAACCUAGGCGUCAGGUGUGGAUUGCAACGGUGGUCUAUGCCCCCCCCAAAGUUGGUUAAGCGUGCAAGGCAGGCAGAUCAAACCCACAGCUGAACUGUCUCAACCUUUUGUCUUCAGGAGGUGCUGUGUGAUGAUGGGGCUGUGUAUCAGGAACUGGAGAGGUAAGCCUCCCCCCCUCCGUUUCUGUGACUUCUCCUGGCUUUGGAAAGGAGGAAGGAGGACUCUGAGAUGGCACUCCCAUGGCUCAGAGCCCAGUGUACAGCCCUAAACCUGCCCCUGCCACCUUUCCGCAUACAGAAGGUGACUGUACCAGCAGUUGAAAAUUUAACUUCUAGAGAACAUAACUCUAGUGAAGGGGCAAUGCCUUCCCCUGCCCCUUGGGGGCAGCAGGAUAACUUAGGGGGCACUGGGCACCCACAGUUCUGCCCUGCCCCACAGGAGCUCACUGCAGCUUAUUGCCUGCCCCACCCCACAUUUCCUGCACGUGCAUUUCCUCAAAUCCCAUCGCUGAGUUUUUGGCAUUGGAAAUAAAUUCUGGGCCAGAUCCUGCGCCCUUGACACACAUUCUCUCUCUCUCUCUCUCUCUCUCUCUCUCUCUCUCUCCAGGUGAUUUCCGAGUGUAGCAUCUACUGCAUAGCAAUAAGGACUUACGAUACCUUCUCCCAGCUGAACGUUUCUGCCUAGAUGCCUGUCAGCUGCAAACCCCAGCCAGGCCCUCUUUGAUAUACCUGCCGUAAAAACCCAGACUCUUCUCUAAAUAUAGUGCUUUAAUUACAUGGCAUGAACGUGGCCUUAAUGUGCAUCCCUGCAGAUCAUUCUGAGGUAGAACUUUGAACGGUUUCAUCUUCAAUGUGUUGUUGUGUGGUUUUUUUUUUACUUUAAAAGAAAAACGCAUUAGACUCUUUGUGCUUGUUUGCUUAAAUAUCAAAACGGUUAGAGAAAAUGCAUUAAACAAUUCAUAUUUCAC